AUGCAAAAACAGCUAGACAAAUUGAAGAGGUUCAGAAACGUUAAAAGCGAAAAUGUAGAACGUAUUAGCCAAAAUAGGAAUGUCCGCGACUCGCGAAGUCCGGCAUCCUACCAUCCUUCAGUCCGAGACUCGAGAAGUCCGGCUACCCCUGAAAAAAGAGACCGAGGCUCGAGAAGCCCGCCUCCAUAUCAAAUAAUAAACCUAGUCGAUAAUGAUCCACUUGAUCAAGUACCUGAAUGCUGGGUCGAAGAUCCAGAGGUUGGUGUCCACAUUGGUCCCCCUAUAUUAAACCCAGAAGUUGUUGCCACUAUGGAGCCAACGGGUUUGACUAAAGAUACAUUUCAAAUAUCUUGUCAACAAGAGAAUGCUAAGGGCAUCUCUAACCUCCUUUAUGUAGUUAAUAAAUUAAUCAAUGAUGAGAGAGAAGAGGUGCCCAAAGCUGAAUAUAUCGAGUUACUAAGUGACACCACACGACUACACAAAUCUCCAGCAGAAGCUUUCUCUCCCAACGUAGGUCUUUUAUCAAUCAAAAUUUAA